AUGCACCAUCUCCUGGAGCAGUCCGCGGACAUGGCGACAGCGUUGCUGGCCGGAGAGAAGCUGCGCGAGCUGAUCCUGCCCGGCGCGCAGGACGACAAGGCGGGCGCGCUGGCGGCGCUGCUCCUGCAGCUCAAGCUCGAGCUGCCCUUCGACCGCGUGGUCACCAUCGGCACCGUGCUCGUCCCCAUCCUGCUGGUCACCCUGGUCUUCACCAAGAACUUCGCAGAGGAGCCCAUUUACUGCUACACGCCGCACAACUUCACUCGCGACCAGGCGCUGUACGCUCGCGGCUACUGCUGGACGGAGCUGCGGGACGCGCUGCCCGGCGUGGACGCCAGCCUGUGGCCGUCGCUGUUUGAGCACAAGCUGCUGCCCUACUCGCUGCUGGCCUUCGCCGCCAUCAUGUACGUGCCCGCGCUGGGCUGGGAGUUCCUGGCCUCCACCCGCCUCACCUCCGAGCUCAACUUCCUGCUGCAGGAGAUCGACAACUGCUACCACCGUGCGGCCGAAGGCCGCGCCCCCAAGAUCGAAAAGCAGAUCCAGUCCAAGGGGCCCGGCAUCACGGAGCGCGAGCGGCGUGAGAUAAUCGAGAACGCCGAGAAGGAGAAGAGCCCCGAGCAGAACCUGUUCGAGAAGUACCUGGAGCGCCGCGGCCGCAGCAACUUCCUGGCCAAGCUGUACCUGGCGCGGCACCUGCUCAUCCUGCUGCUCAGCGUGGCGCCCAUCUCCUACCUGUGCACCUACUACGCCACCCAGAAGCAGAACGAGUUCACGUGCGCGCUGGGCGCGUCCCCAGACGGGCCGGCUGGCGGGGGCCCGGCCGUGCGCGUCAGCUGCAAGCUCCCGUCCGUGCAGCUGCAGCGCAUCGUGGCAGGCGUGGACAUCGUACUGCUGUGCGCCAUGAACCUCGUCAUCCUCGUCAACCUCAUCCACCUGUUCAUUUUCCGCAAGAGCAACUUCAUCUUCGACAAGCUGCACAAGGUGGGCAUCAAGACGCGCCGGCAGUGGCGCCGCUCCCAGUUCUGCGACAUCAACAUCCUGGCCAUGUUCUGCAACGAGAACCGCGACCACAUCAAGUCGCUCAACCGGCUGGACUUCAUCACCAACGAGAGCGACCUCAUGUACGACAACGUGGUGCGGCAGCUGCUGGCCGCGCUGGCCCAGUCCAACCACGACGCCACGCCCACCGUGCGCGACGCGGGCGUGCAGACCGUGGACCCCAGCGCCAACCCGGCCGAGCCCGACGGCGCCGCGGAGCCGCCCGUCGUCAAGCGGCCGCGCAAGAAGAUGAAGUGGAUCCCCAGCAGCAACCCGCUGCCGCAGCCCUUCAAGGAGCCACUGGCCAUCAUGCGCGUGGAGAACAGCAAGGCCGAGAAGCCCAAGCCCGUGCGCCGCAAGACGGCCACGGACACGCUGAUCGCGCCGCUGCUGGACGCGGGCGCGCGCGCCGCGCACCACUACAAGGGCAGCGGGGGCGACGCGGGGCCCGCGCCCGACAAGAAGCAUGCGCGCCACUUUUCCCUGGACGUGCACCCCUACAUCCUGGGCACCAAGAAGGCCAAGCCCGAGGCCGUGCCCGCCGCCGCCCUGCCCGCCUCCCGGAGCCAGGAAGGGGGUUUCCUGUCCCAGGCGGAGGAGUGUGCGCUGGGCUUGGCCGCAGCACCCACCAAAGAUGCUCCGCUCCCUGACAAGGAGAUCCUGUACCCAGCAGAGCCAGCCCGGGCCACGCUUCCUUCCGGGGGCCCGUUUCACGUCCGCUCGCCCCCAGCAGCCUCCGCCACAGCCCCUCUGUCCCCAGCCACUCUGGGCAAAGCUGACCCGCUCGCGAUCCUGAGCCGCAAUGCCACACACCCGCUGCUGCACAUCAGCACGCUGUAUGAAGCCCGGGAAGAGGAGGACGGGGGUCCCCGGGCUCCCCCAGACGUGGGCAGCCUCAUCGCCAUCCCGCCCCCCCAGCAGAUCCUCAUCGCCACCUUUGACGAGCCGAGGACAGUAGUGAGUACCGUGGAGUUCUGAGGAACAGGGCUGCCCGGGCCAUUACAGAGCCCUCCGCAUGACCGAGGAGUGCCGCGGACCCCAGCCCCACGGGGAUGUGGUCUCUGCUUCACCCAGCACUGCCCGCACCUCCUGGCCUCCUGUCCGCAUGCCCUGGGGCUGAGACCUGGCCCACCCGCCCCCCAAGACAGCAUCGUUGGGGUGCUGGCUGGGCCAGGGGCUGGCCUUGACCCCAGCGGAGCCCCCAGCCAGAAAGGCCUGGAGCCACCCCCACCCCCACCCCCCAUCCCUGCAUCAGGCACUCGGCUGUGAGGUGAAGAGUUUAUUUUUUUAGUCGAUUUUGUCUUGGGCCCAGGCUAAGGCAGGACAACUCUGGUCCUGAGCCUGGAAGGAAGCUGGGGGUGAUCACACCACCAGGCCUGGCUAUGCCCAAGGGGCCGUGCUCAGGGCUCCCUCCUGCAGUGGGAGGUGCCGGGGUCCACCCUCCAUCAGAUCAACAUGCACUUUCUCCUUGUAUCCCGACAUACCUGUACUUUAUUUUACUAUGAUUACUGUAACUACUGAGCGUACAUGAUCAGGAGACUGGACGGUGUGCGAGUGGAUGUGUGCGUGAGUGGGCACGGAGCUGAGUUGGUGUGGACGCCGGCGUGCAAGGGAAGGAGUCCAACGCAAUAACCACGUCCCCCCACCCAGGCCACCAGCCCCCACCCAAGGACCCACGCUGCUUCCCGUGGGGACCCAGGGCCGGCGCUCGGAGGGUCUGUCCCUAUUACCUCAGCCACGGUGACAACGUGACAGUAUUAACAAGGUAGCACCGAGCAGAUCAAUAAAUAUUAUUCUGAUACCGCCUGAGUCCCGUGUGGUCCACCCUGCAGGAGACCUGUGCUCUGACUGGGCUUGCC